CCUUAAGGCGUGUUGACAACCCUAUUCUGUACACCACCAACAAAAACUUUCCUAAAAUUUUCAUCCCAACGCGAAAACGUUUUUUUUUUUUAGCUGAAAUUAAGUAAAAGAAACGCAGAAUGGACUUCCAGAACCGUGCCGGUGGCAAGACCGGCAGCGGAGGCGUGGCCUCCUGGUCGGAAACGAACCGCGACCGGAAGGAGCGCCUGCGGCAGCUCGCCCUCGAAACGAUUGAUCUAAACAAGGAUCCCUACUUUAUGAAGAACCACUUGGGCUCCUACGAGUGCAAGCUCUGUCUGACGCUGCACAACAACGAGGGAAGCUACCUGGCCCACACGCAGGGCAAGAAGCAUCAGGAGAACCUGGCCCGCCGAGCCGCCAAGGAGGCCAAGGAAGCACCUUCGUCACUGCUGGCGCCGGAAAAGCCACGCGUCGAACCCAAGAAGUUCGUGAAGAUCGGACGGCCUGGUUAUAGGGUAACCAAGCAGCGAGAACUCAGCAAUGGCCAGCAGUCGCUGCUCUUCCAAAUUGAUUACCCUGAGAUUUCGGAUAACAUUGUACCCCGGCAUCGCUUCAUGUCCGCCUACGAGCAAAAGAUUGAGCCACCAGACCGCAAGUGGCAGUACCUGCUGUUCGCCUCCGAGCCGUAUGAGACCAUUGGGUUCAAGGUGCCAUCGCGGGAGGUGGAGAAGAGCGAAGGAAAGUUCUGGACGCACUGGAAUCGCGAUACCAAGCAGUUCUUCCUGCAGUUUGCCUUCAAGUUUGAGCCCAAGAUUUUGCCGCCGCCACCGCCGAACAUGCAUCGGGCGAUGGGACCACCCGGCGGAGGAUUCCCAAUGCCAGGACCACCGCGGCCCGCCGCCAUGCAUCCCAUGUUUAACGGCGUUCCACCGCCGCCGCCUAUGUAAGAAAUAUCCUCAAAUAUCCACAAAAUGCAAGAAUAAACAAUUUCUACUAAAUACAA